AUGGCUAAAAUUCAAGCAACCCUCGCUAUAUUUAAACCAGAUAUAAUGUUACAUCCAUCACGAGUUCAGAAAAUUCAGCAGCUGAUAGAAAAGAAUGGAAUAAAAGUUUUUCGAAAAAAACCUUUAACUAUGGACGUAAAUACAGCUGAAAAGUUUUACGGUGAACACCAAGGUAAAUUCUUUUACCCUCGUUUAGUGAACCUAAUGACAGGUGGACCAGCAACUAUUGCCAUUUUAGUUGGUAAUAAUGCAAUUACUCAUUGGAGAGAUUUAAUUGGACCUUCACGUUCUCAUCGAGCGAGAAGUAGUCACCCAUCUACUAUUCGAGCUAUUUAUGGCUUAACGGAUACAAGAAAUGCCGUUCAUGGAUCAGAUUCAGUAGAGUCGGCUGCUAGAGAAAUCCAAUUUUUCUUUCCUGAGCUCGAUUAUGACGAUUGUGUUAAACAGUGUAAAACGUAA